CACAGGACAAUACCAACCACGCAUCCGCAAAAUUUUUCCAAUCAUCACGACCAAAUCACGCACAAAUCCAUUCAAGAAAGUCCAUCAAACAAUACGUGAUCUUCCUCAACCUACACGGAUCAACCACCAUGAUUUCGUGUCCGUCCAUCCGCGUUGCAUCAGAACACCAACAUCGGUACCAAAGCAACAGAACUUCGUUCAUUUCGUGAUCCACGAAAACGGCGGAAACUGGCGAAUUCUUUGGCUUGAGCGCGAGUGAUCACGAAAAAGAUACGACUCGGGCCAAAGGUUCCGGCGGAUGAUGAUCCUCCAUCGUGAAUAGAGUUCCAGUGGAUCAUCGUCCGUGGUGGAUCGUGCGUGUCGCGACCGUUUCUCCUCGCGUGAAGAAAAUAUAGGAAGGAAAGUCGGCCAUAAGGAGGCGGCAAGUGACGUGAAAGGGGCGAAGGAAGUGGAGUCCUGUGGAGGAACCAUCCGGCGUUCGAUCGCCGCCAUUUUUGAAGGAGAGAAUUUCGAAUUCAUAUGAUUCGUUUCGAUUUGGUAACCGUUUAAUAUAUUCUGUCCUCGACGACCUAAACAACAGAAAAACGGGAUUCUGAGAGGCUUCCUUGUGUAGUCGCUUGGCGAACAGCGUUGAUGGAAGUUACUUUGCCUCAUGAUUUAUUGUUUGAUUAAAUUUAGCCAUGGAGAAUGAAAGAAAUUCGAUAAUUACAACAUCCAGGAAAGAGCCAGAAGGAAUUACAGGAUGGAUAGAAUCCGUGAUUAUGACCGUGUCGCAGACUUCCAUAGGCCAGGCAUUGUUUAAAUUUAUCGACUCGUUUUUGUGGGUCGUGGAAAAAUCCACGCAAUGGAGCUUACCUGCUCAUGAAAUCGCGGCUGAGGAGAAUGGUAAAGUAUUUGGGAGAAUAGAGCUCGUGAGACCUUUGCCAUGGCUUCUCUUUCUGCCAGGAUUAGUGAUACUUCGAAUCAUCAGAUGUGGGCUGAACGUGGGUGCUUUUAUUUUGGGCUAUCCACGAAUCCGACCAAGUGGAAUGGUAAAAUUUGUGCAAAAAACUCGCAGACGAUUAAGAGCGAUAAACGUAAAGGCAAUAAAAGCGAGGCGCAGAAUAACGUGUGCCAAGGACAAGAGGUUGACGAUGAUCGAGGCCAAGAAGGCUCUGAUCAGAUCCAUCAGAUUGACUCUGUCGACUUUGUCCUGUUUGGAUACUAAAUCAUCCCCCUCGCCACCCCCGAUGAAAAUUCGUGUAGGUCAGAUGGAUUUCGACACGAUAGCAACACCAGAAGAGAAAUCGACCACGGAAUCUGUCGGUAGUCCUGUCCUCCACGAAAUGAAACGCAAAUUCUCCCAGAUUUUGGAUGAUGAAAGUUCGGAUGGGUCGGAUAACGAGACACUUCGUGCAAAACUCGAAAGACUAGCAAUGGAGAACAGCACGGACGAUUCUGAUUUCAACAUUGCCGAUUGUUCGACGGAAUCAAGCACAGGGAGCAGCGAAAACGACGUGGACAAGGAGAUAUCAUUUAACGAGACGAUCGAGAUCCAGAGGGAGGCUUGCAACUUCUUGAAGGAUGAUACAUACCAGCUAAUGUCUCUGAAAUUGCAGAUAGCGAAAUCGAUGAAGGACGAGGGAACGAAGGAUGGAGGGAAACUCGAGGGCGUGGACAGUUCUGGAUUUUUUGAUUAUGAAUUUUUGCUUACGAGUUCGAGCAAGUUUGAAGUCGAAAGAUCUUGGAACAACAAAGAAAUUGUACGAAGAAAAAAAUAUGUUGAGAACGCAACAUCGAUGCAAAAAGUAGUUCCAUCUUGUGUAAAGAAUAAUUUGUUUGUUUGUUUGUUUGUUUUUUUCGUGUUAUUAAUUAAGGAAGAAUCCCUUAGAGAUCCUUGGAUUUCGACAAAAUCAGCGGUGGAAAAGGCGAGCAAUACGAUCAAAGACUUCAUCAAUGGAGAAAUAAAUUCUGCGUUGCAACAAUCGUCCACAGUUUCAGAAUCAACAAUCCCAGAAGAUAUCGAAGAGAAGAAAGCUUCAAAAGAGACCGCUACAACAGAAGCUUCCACCUUACCGAAAUCUGAUAGCUCUCCCCCAAAAGAGAAUUCCUCGGAAGUCUCCACGUCGCCGAAAUCUCGUAGCCCUCCCUCAAAAGAGAAUUCCUCCGAAUAUAGCGCGUCAGAAGUGUCAUCGAAAGCUCGUAGCUCUCCCUCGAAAGAGAGUCCCUCGAAAGCUCAAACUCAAACGGAGACGUUGCCGAAAUCUCGUGAUUCUCCUUCUAAACAGAGUUGUUCAGAAACGUCAGAGGAAAUCACACUACCGAAAUUUCCUGAUUCUCCUUCGAAGGAGAAUUGUUCAGAAACGUCAGAGGAAAUCACACAACCGAAAUCUCGCGAUUCUCCUUCGAAGGAGAAUUGUUCAGAAACGUCAGAAGCAACCACACAACCGAAAUCUCGCGAUUCCCCUUCGAAGAAGAGUUGUUCAGAAACGUCAGAAGCAACCACACAACCGAAAUCUCGCGAUUCCCCUUCGAAGAAAAGUUGUUCAGAAACGUCAGAAGCAACCACACAACCGAAAUCUCGUGAUUCUCCUUCGAAAAAGGAGACGCGCGCGUCAGAAGCUAACAACUCAUUAUCGAAAACUCGUAAUUCUCCGUCGAAGGAGUGUUCCACGGAUACGCGCGGAUCAGAAGCUGUUUCCGCGUUAUCGAGAACACGUAGAUCCCCUUCAAAAGAGAAUUACUCGAUACAAGGGAAAUCUUAUUACAAGUCGAAAAAAUAUGGCCGCAAUAGAUCUACAUGGACCGAACAGUGAACACAGAUGGAGACGCUGUUCCCUCUUAAAAGUUCCUUCACUGUGAUUUUCUUAAUAAUAUAUACUUAAGCCACGAGAUGCUCCUGGCUUAUUUUUUAUUAUUUAUUCGUUUAACAAAAUUAAUUAAUGAAAUUAGAAAAGAAGUAGAAGUAUCGCGAAAUCGUUGCAAAUCGCGAUGACCGAUUAUAUUUGUGUACUUGUGUAAAGAAGACGAAGAAUUUUUUCACGAUAAAUAUCAAAAAAAACUUUUCUAAUCUCCGGUUUUCAUCGAAGCAAGUUCGUUGUAAUUUCGUUGUCCGUUUUGUUUUUUUACUGGAUAAUUGUAAUGAAACAAGCUGAAUAAAUAACAUAUUUGUUUUACAAAAAGGAAGAAAAUAAAAUAAAAAGAAAAACGUUAUGCAGCAACUUCCAAAUACACGUAUUCCAAACAUGCCACACACGCAAUUAAAAAUUUCUAAUUAAAUCCAA